AUGAUCGCUGUUGCACGCCAUUCCAUAUCUCCAUCCGAUUAUGCCAUCAGCAUCGACCCUUACGACCCUAAUCUGAGCGACCACUUGGACUUCGCCUGUGCAAAGGGUGAUUUCAGACCGUUCAGCUUGACAGAAUUUCCUGAUUUCAAAAGCCAAAAUUUCAUGAAAGGCAUCGAAAUUUACAAAGAGUUGUUGGCCACCUGCCCCGACACUGGUGCUGCUGGUCAUGUGCUCGAGUGGCAUACCAGAAUAUCAAAAUUAUCACCAGCCAAUUGGGCAUUUGGUAAUGAGCACGUUCAUUUAAGGCCCAACUGUGUCGCGUGGUAUCACGGAGCAGAAAACCACGACAUCGUUCUUGACUUCGAGAACAACACGAUUUCAGCCAUGAGAGAUGGACAUGCUGAGGAAGACUGGGUUGAUUGUGUAAAUUGCAAUCGCACAGAUCCUGUUCAGCGAUAA